UCAGUCGUCGUUCGGUGGCGGUUAACUUGGGACAGUGGAAAACAUUAGGAACUAUGUUGAACUCGUUAGUGUUUUUGGUGCUCGCGUGUUUCGCGCAUGGUGAUGAAUACAUAGGUUCGCCGAUGGAACUUUCUGCCAGUUACCUCAUAGAAUCAACGACUUUCGGCUUAACCGGCCGUAUAGUCAACGGGACGAAGGCUAUUUUUGGGCAAUUCCCACAUCAGGUAUCGUUGAGGCGCAGUUGGUCCGAAGCUCACUUUUGCGGAGGCAGCAUCAUGAGCGACAGACUAGUCAUCACCGCAGCUCACUGCAUGCUUUUAGGGGGUAGUAUCAUCAAACCUUGGACUAUCAUCGUAGUUGCAGGACAGCUCAGAUUAAACGAUGUCACCCCAUGGGGUCAGAAAAGGGGUGUGAAAGCCUUCAGAAUACAUCCAGAGUUCAAUAGUAGCACUUUGCAAAACGACAUUGUCAUUUUGGAAUUAUCGAUACCCUUCGCGUUCACUCAGACAGUUCAGAGAGUUCCUUUAGUGACGCAUGAUCCAAAACCCGAGACAUUCUGCGCGGUUUCCGGAUGGGGUUAUUUGGAGCCGGGUACCUCCGUAACAUCCAAUGAUCUGAUGUAUGUGGAUCUGCCCAUUCGCGAACAGAGGGAAUGUCGCGAGCUGCUCGCCAACGUAACGAGCAUAUACCCGGGAAUGUUUUGCGCCGGUUUCCUCAACGGAGGCAAGGACGCUUGCCAAGGCGAUUCCGGCGGCGGUAUGAUUUGCGAUAAUAUUUUGACCGGUGUUGUUUCUGGUGGCCAUGGAUGCGCGUUGCCAUUCUUCCCUGGCGUAUAUUCGAAUAUUUUUUUUUACAAAGAUUGGAUAGAAAGUGUCGAAAAUGAAGUGAGAGGAAAGAAACUGACCGAACGCGGAUGCUGCAAUUCCUGCGCUUACAAAACGCCGGAGAUCGCGCUCGUUUUCUUACUGCUCGUGCUGUCAAUUAUGAUUGGACCUUGAAGCUGAAGGCAUCUUUGUUAGCAUAUAGAUACGCGUGUUUGCCGACAUUGUUAAACAUUUUAUGACUGCGCUUGGUGAGAGUGAUACGCGUGAGGGAAAUGUCUCGCGAAGAGCGAAUGAAAAAUUUUAAAUUAACGAGACAAUUUGCACGUUUUAACUGGCUGGGCACAGGAUAAUUCCUAUGGGUAUCGCGCGUUGCAAUUUGUUGCUAACGAAUACUUGAUUAAUUAUUAUUCUGCCAGAUAAUUUUCAGCGAAUCGCAUACGUUUGUCUGUGUGUUAUAUGAAAAGUUGUAUGAAAACC